UUGGUACUUGAAUUGAAUGAAAUUAAAAAUCAAAAUAAUGAUAUCAUGUUAGAAAAUAAGAAUUUACAUGAAGAAGUCGACCGUUUACGUGAAAAUGGUGAUGAUCUUACUACUAAUAUUAAUAAAUUACAAAAUGAAUUAUCAUUUUUCAUAAAACAACGUGAUGAAAAUGCUGCUUCAGCUUCAAAUCCCGAUCCGGUUGUUGAAGGUGAAGCAAAGUUGGAAGUUAACCAUGAAGAAUACAAAAGAUUACAGAACCAACGUGAUGAAUUAUCUGGUUUAGUUCAAAAUAUUACAAAAGAACGCGAUGAAUUAUCUGGUUUGGUUCAAAACAUUACAAAAGAACGUGAUGAAUUAUCUGGUUUAGUUCAAAAGAUUACAAAAGAACGCGAUGAUUUAUCUGGUUUAGUUCAAACCAUUACAAAAGAACGCGAUGAAUUAUCUGGUUUAGUUCAAACCAUUGCAAAAGAACGCGAUGAAUUAUCUGGUUUAGUUCAAAAGAUUACAAAAGAACGCGAUGAAUUAUCUGGUUUAGUUCAAACCAUUACAAAAGAUCGUGAUGAUUAUUUCAACCAAGUUUCCGAUCUUUCAUCACAAUUAUCGCGACUAGAAACUGAAUUAAAUGUGACACGUCAGCAAAGAAAUGAAUUAACAAAAAAUAAUAAUACUUUGUCUUCUCAAUCAGAACAAUUGCAAAUUAAAUUGGAUAAUGUUAUUCAACAUCGUGAUGAAAUAUCAAAUAAAAAUAAUACUUCAAUAUCUCAACUAGAGCGAAUUCAAGAUGAAUUAAAUCAAAUGAUAAAUCAACAAAAGGAUAAAGAUUCUUUAAUUGGUGAUGUAACAAAAGAAUUAAAUAGAAUGAAAGAACAAUAUCAUACAUUAAAUGAACAACAUGAAGAAUUACAGCGUCAAAAUCAUGAUCUUGCUUUUGAACAAGAACGUUUGCAAACCGAAAAUGAACGUUUACAGACCGAGCUCGAACGCUUACAAACAGCUUCAAAUAAUGUUGUUCAGAAUGAAUCACACAAUAAAGAAAUACCAGUAAUUGAAGCAAAUACUUCACAACAUAUCAAUGAAGAAUUUGAUAUUGUUCGUCAGAGAAGAGAUGAAUUAUCUACUGAGAAUGCGGCAUUGCAUGUGGAAGUGGGUCGUCUUCGUGAUUUAUUAAAUGAUCUCACUGUUGAACUUGAACGAUCGCGAAAAGGGUCGAAUGAUCUGAUGCAACAGCGAGAUGGAUUUAAAUCUCUAAAUGAAGCGCUUAUGUCAGAACUUUCAAGAAUAAAGCACGAAUUGGAUGUUGAAGUUCUUGAAAAUUAUUCGUCUACCCCUGAAAAUAUUAACUCUCGCCUUCCACCUAUCCUACCUACUCGAAGUACUCGAAGUUCGACUUACCCUACUUAUGCACCACGACACUCGUCUUCCAAUAAUAACAUGAAUCUUACAAGACGUUCUACACAUUCGGAAGAAACAAAUUAUUUCCCAUCCGUGACACAAAGAAACAUGCCACAGAAAUUACUUACACCACAACCGCUUGCAACUACGCUGAAUGGAACUCAAGAAAUGCUGACAACAGCUUCAUUACCCACAUCACCUUCUCAAAUAUCUUUAGCUAGUAACCGUACUUAUACUUUUACAAAUGAAUCUUCUGAAAAAACAAAUAGAAGAGCUAGCACAUAUAAUCCAUCAAAACCAUUGCCUAGUGUUCCAACUAGUGGACAACGACCAAAGA